AUGCCGGAACAUCUGUGGACCGGGCGCAAGGCUAUUAAAUUACUUGCAAAGGAGAGCGAUCUCUCCAAAAAGCUAGUAACUCAUUGGCUAUCCAGGAAACUCUUGUGGUUGAGACACAUUCGGGGUCCUAAAAAGAUCGAUUAUCCACACUUCACCGUUACGAGGCCAAACGAAAUGCAUCAAUUCGAUCUACUUUACAUGCCCCACGAUAAGCUGUAUGGCAAUACCUACAAGUAUAUCAUGACGGGUAUUGACGUUGCCUCGAGAUACAAAGUAGCAAGGCCUCUGCGAACUAAAAAAACCAGCGAAGUCGCGGGGAUGAUCCAAGAUAUCUACAAAGCAGGACCUUUACACUACCCAGAAACCUUUCAAUGUGACAAUGGUUCUGAGUUUAAAUCGGAUGUAACCAAGUUGCUAGAAGGCAAAGGUGUGGAGAUUAAACGGUCCAUCACAAAAUAUCAUGAUACGUUUACAGCCUUUGUAGAGUCCUACAAUAAGGUAAUUGCCGAAAGGCUAUUCAAGCCCCAGGAUUUGCAAGAGUUGGUCUCCGAAGAGUGUAGCUCCAUUUGGGUCAAACACCUGUAUACCAUCGUCAAAAGUCUAAACAAUGCCAAGACUGCAAUGAUAAACAUGAGGCCCAACAAGGCCAUCAAGCUCGAGGAGGUACCACUUGCAAAAAAUCAGCAAUAUCCCGAAGAAAACCCCUACCUAAAGAUGGCCUCUAUCUCUAUCUGCUACAACGGGAGAGGAGCACGGUGA